CAGUGGCUGCUGGGUGCUGAGUGUAUCGCAAGUAGGCAGCCAGCAUAAGCACUGACGGCUGGCAGGCAGGCAGGCAGCAAGCAGCAGCUCCUCGUUGGAUUUGACUGUAAUAAAACACGGCUUAUUUGGACCUGAUUUUUUAAAAUGUUGUUGGAGGAGGACCGAGCCCAGACUGGCAGGUUCAGACCCAGCUGCUGAAGACUGGACCUGGACUGCUGUGUUUUAAUAAAAGGGAGGCAGCUGUAGGGGCGUGUCCCAGCGCUCUCGGGGCUGGGAUCGAUUGGCCUGCUGGUGGGCGUGGCCGGCGGCGGACUGGCUCCUCCCCCUCCCGGCGGCAGCGUGCGCUCCCAGCCGCCCCCCUGCACUCCGCGCUCGCCCGGCCUGCGUGCCCGAGCCCAUGCCCCCGGCUCCUCGCACUCCUCCAACGCCAUGUGCGUCCCGCACACCAUGGAGGCGGGCAAGCACUGCACGAGCCAGGGCGAGGGCAGCCGCGGCGGGGUGCCGCUGGAGCCGUUCGUCCACCAGGUCGGCGGCCACACCAGCAUGAUGCGCUACGACGAUCACACCGUCUGCAAGCCGCUCAUCUCCCGCGAGCAGCGCUUCUACGAGUCGCUGCCCCCCGAGAUGAAGGAAUUCACCCCGGAGUACAAAGGUGUGGUGCUGGUGUGCUUUGAGGGCGACUCUGACGGCUACAUUAACCUGGUAGCGUACCCGUACGUGGAGAGCGAGGGCCUGGACCACGAAGACCUGCCUGAGAGGGACCAACCGCGCCGGAAACACUCGCGCCGCAGCCUGCACCGCUCCAGCAGCGACCAUAAGGAGGACCGACCGGCUCACGAGAGUGACAGCACUGAGAAUCUCCAGGAGCUGAAGAGCCCCCGCCUGGACCUUCAGAUCCACUCCGACGUGCCCUUCCAGAUGCUGGACAGCAACAGCGGCCUGAGCUCAGAGAAGAUCAGCCACAACCCCUGGAGCCUGCGAUGCCACAAGCAGCAGCUCAGCCGGAUGCGAUCUGAGUCAAAAGACAGGAAGCUGUACAAAUUUCUUCUGCUUGAGAACGUGGUGCACCACUUCAGCUACCCCUGCAUCCUGGACCUGAAGAUGGGGACACGGCAGCACGGGGACGACGCGUCUGAGGAGAAGGCCGCUCGCCAGAUGAAGAAGUGUGAGCAGAGCACCUCCGCCACUCUGGGUGUGCGAGUGUGUGGGAUGCAGGUCUUCCAGAUGGACACGGGCCACUACCUUUGCCGCAACAAGUACUACGGCCGAGGCCUGUCCAACGAAGGCUUCAGCCAGUCGCUCUACCAGUACAUGCACAACGGCGCCCAGCUGCGCAAGGACCUGUUUGAGCCCAUCCUAAACAAGCUGCGCAACCUCAAAGCCGUGCUGGAGUGCCAGGCCUCGUACCGCUUCUACUCCAGCUCUCUGCUCAUCAUCUACGAGGGGAAGGAACCCGAGCCAGCCGAGCCGCCCUCAGAGAAGGAGCAGCCCCUGAUCGGCCAGACCGCCCCCCAGAACCCUUCCCUGCUUUUACAGGAGCGUCCUCCACCUCCACCACUCCCUCCUCCGCCGUCGGAACCGCACGGCCGCCCGCCUCCCAGCGUGGACGUGCGUAUGAUAGACUUCGCCCACAGCACCUUCAAAGGCUUCCGCGACGACCAAACGGUGCACGACGGGCCCGACCGAGGCUACGUUUUCGGACUGGAGAGCCUCAUCAACAUCUUGGAAGCGAUACGAGAGGAGAACCAGUAGCUAAAGGCCUCCCCUCUCCAUCCCUUCUCGUCCGCCAUCUUUGUAAUGGCCGUUAAAACCCACCACCCUACAAACCCCACCACCCGCCCACUUGCUUUCAUCCCUCUCAUCCUCCACAUUCGACACAACGUGCUCAACGUACUCUUGAUGUGAUGGUCACAGAGACUGAGAAAACUGUGACUGUGAAAAACAUUUGAUUUUCAGAGACACAUUGGUACAUGCAGGAGCUGCGGAGGAACCACAGAAGAACCUCAGAGGAACUACGAGCGUUCACAUCGCGAGGGUCUGUUUUUGUAACGCUCCAGAGCGGCGUCUGAGGGGGUGGAGUGGAGGUGACCUUUGCAAAGGGUCUUUACAGUACACGGCCCCCACCUUCAGGACAGAAAUGGCAGGACAACAACACAACAACAGCCCCCUCCACUCUGCAGAAGAAGAAAAAGAAGAAGAAGAGAGGGGACUGCUUUCUUUUCUCGUCUGUGUCCUGUGGAUUCGUCGCCACCAUGUGGCCAGCUGAAGAAUUGCAGUCAGGAGAUUUAAGCAGGCAGCCACAGCUCAGGGCAAGUCCAGGGUCAGGUCCUCUUCACAGAUUGAGGAGGGGGCGUUGCAGGGAAAGCGUCUGUCUGACUGUCUGUCAGUCUGUCUGUCUGUUUGAUUAUCUGUCUAUAAGUCUAUGAGUCUAUCUGUCUGUCUGUUUGUUUAUAAGUCUGUCUGUCUGUCUGUCUGUGUGUGUGUGUGUGUGUGUGUGUGUGUGUGUGUGUGUGUGUGUGUGUGUGUGUGUGUGUGUGUGUGUGUGUGUUUUAUAUGUGUGCAUAAGUGAGCGAAUGGAGUAUAGAUAAAAGAAAAGAAAAGAAAGAGAGAGCGAGAAAGAGAGAGAGAGAGAGAGAUUGUGUUGGUUGGGGAUUAUAUGGCGGAUUAUAUAUAAUUCCCCGACGUCAGUAUUCCUAAAGGGAGCAGUUUUUGCUCGUUAUGUUUUGUUUUUUUUUGCGAAAGCUUUACUGUAAAAAAUAAGGAGAGGUGGUAGAGAUGAUGAUGACGCUUACCUGGCCUCGCUCAGGCCACGCCCACUCUCCUUCCGUCUGUACAAUAAUAUUAAUAAUAAUAAAAGGAUAAGAAGGUGAAGUUCGCCUUUUGGCAACAACAUUUACCAUACAUAAUGAGACUGUGUGAUAAAAAAAAAAAAUUAUCACAUUUGAGGUCACAUGCUUUUAUGCUUUUUUUUUUUUUUAAUUUUGCCUGUUUGUUUGUUUCAGUUUUUUUUUUUAAAUGAUGUUGCUGUUUCUGUAGCCCUUUUAUUUACUUAUUCACUUCAGUUAGAGCCAACAUUGUGUUUUAGCUUUUUCUUUUUUUUUUAUAGCUUUUUACACUUAUUUUUUUGGUUUUUCUCUUUUCUUUUCUUUUUUUGUAAUAAUAAUAAUUAUUAUAAAAGUGUCCCUCUUUGGUUUAUGGUAGUACUGACAGUCCUAGGCAUGUCAAUGGGACAGUAUAGUAUGUUUAUCCAUAUGUUUGUCACCCUCAUCAUUAUUAUUAUUAUUAUUAUUAUUAUUAUUAUUAUUAUUAUUAUUAUUAUUAUUAUAAUCACUGUUGUGUUGAUGUUUCAAAGUCUGUCAAAUAUGGUUAUGCUGAAAGUUAACCAUCCUAUCUUUUGCACUGUAGACUAUGUUUGGAACGCAUCCGACAGCAUGGUUUUCCCAUCAUUUCUUUCCCUCAAGAGCUUUUCAUUCUUGAGAACAUCAGAAAUAAUCCACACUGACUUUACGUCACAGUGAUCCUUUAUCCACCUCCAUCAGCACAUGUAGCAAUGCAAUUUAUAUACAUGAAAAAAUAUUUAUAUACAUAAUAUAUAUAUAUAUAUAUAUUUAUACAUAUAUACAGCUCUGGAAAAAAAUAAGAGGUCACUUCAGUUUCUGAAUCAGUUUCUCUGAUUUUGCUAUUUAUAGGUUUAUGUUUGAGUAAAAUGAACAUUGUUGUUUUAUUCUAUAAACUACAGACAACAUUUCUCCCAAAUUCUAAAUAAAAAUAUUCUCAUUUAGAGCAUUUAUUUACAGAAAAUGAGAAAAGUCUGAAAUAAAAAACAAAAAAGAUGCAGAGCUUUCAGACCUCAAAUAAUGCAAAGAAAACAAGUUCAUAUUCAUGCAGUUUUAAGAGUUCAGAAAUCAAUAUUUGCUGCAAUAACCCUGGUUUUAAAAUCUCAUCGCAUCAUAUUCUCCUCCACCAGUCUUACACACUGCUUUUGGAUAACUUUGUGCCUUUACUCCUGGUGCAAAAAUUCAGGCUUGUGAUCAUCCAUCUUCCUCUUGAGUAUAUUCCAGAGGUUUUCAUUUGGUAAAAUCAAAGAAACUCAUCAUUUUUAAGGGUUCUCUUAUUUUUUCCAGAGCUUUAUAAAGAAAAGACUAAAGAAGACUAAAGAAAAAAUCCUAACGCCACCUUUCCUCACCGUUUAGCUCGUCGUGUCCCCUUGCCGUCACCGUGGGCGGAGCCUCGUCUCCUCGUAGUUUCACCGUGGUUAGGGUGUUCUCUGUGUAGGUGGAACAGUUGCACUGUAGCCAUUACCCUUUUUGAUGACAAUUAUUGAUGGAAUAAUAAUUUUUUAUUUAUUUUUAUGUUUUUUUUUUCUCUCCCCCUCUCUGGCACAUCACAGGCCCCGGCGGGUCGUAUUUUUGUAUUGAAAUGCAUAUUAAUACAUGCAUAUACUGUAUUGGUAUUACCAGUGUAGUAUUGUUGUUAUAUUGUGUACACAACCAAACCCGACCCGACCUCCACCUUUACUCCACUCCCCCAGUUACUAUAGAGAUACCUCUCCUGGUAAUAUUUGUAUUAUAUUAUAUAAUAUAAGUCACUGACUGAGGGGCCAUCAGCCAUAUUAAUGUGUCUAGAUUAUAGAUUAGAUUAACUGUCCUAUUAUAUUUCCAAAAAGGAACGUCAUUGGUCAAUGAUGUGUCAUUUCUAUUUGCUCCACCAAAGACAAACGGAGCCUUGCAAGAAAUGUGGGGUUUUUGUUUUAGUCUCUUCACUUUUUCAGCCAUAAAAUUAUAAUAUUAAGAGAAUAUGGACACUGAAAUGGAAAUGUAUGCUUGGAUGCUUUGAAAGAUAGAUAUAAAUACAAGGUCAUUUACUUUAUAUGUGUAUAAAUAUAAGUCAACAUGUACUUGGGUCAGGUCUCUAAGUCACGUAGCAGGAUUGGGAUGCACAAAGUGGCCUAGUGGUUUAAAGCGCUGCCACUAUGAUCGGGAGAUUGCUGGUUCGAAUCCUGGGCAUGCAGCUUGCCAUCUGCUGUCGCAGCCCCGAGAGAGCACAAUUGGCCUUGCUCUCUCUUGGUGGGUACAGUACAGUAGAUGGAGCUUUCUCUUUCCCCUCAUCACUCCUAGGGUGACGUGGAUCAGCAAAAGGCUGCGUCUGUGAGCUGAUGUAUCAGAACCGAGUCGCUGCGCUUUCCUCCGAGCGUUAGCGCUGUGAUGCUACUCUUCACAUGUGUCGUUUGCUAGUCAAAAUGCUAGUCAAAAUUUUAGGCUAAAUUGGGAGACAAUUUUUUAAUUAUAAAUAAUCUUUAGUAAUUUAUAGAAAUGUAUAUAUAAUAAAUUAUAUAUAUUUGUUCUUAAAGGUAUAUAGAGCUCUACUUUCUGCUCAGAUUCAGUCAGUCAAACAAUGUAAAAUUUGAGGGGAUAAUGUAUCGCAGUACAUUAGUAGAUCAUAACCCUUAAAAAACGUAUGUUUUACAUGUAUAAAGUAAAUGACUUUGCAAAAAGUCCAUAUUGCUGUGUAUGUUCUUACAAUAAUACAUAUUUUUCAGAUAUCGGACAGAAAAAAUGGGUCAGUGUUCACAUAAGCACUUCACAGUGGGACGGCAAAAUGUAGAAUGUGCAAAACUAGAUUUGCUUACUAUUGGCACCGUUGACUGUCCCAGUCUGAAGUGUUUUGUGAGUUUUGUCUAAGAGGAAAAGCUUGGUCAAAGAAGCUAAUGUUACUAAAAGCGAAAAAGGGAAUCUGCAGCCUCUUGUGUCUGUUUAAGGGACUGGGAUGAAGUUGACGUGGCCUCGUCUGUGGCGGAUGUUCCUGGUCUUUCCAUAGAUGUGAGGUAGAACCUGUAGAGAAAAAUCUAUCACCCAAAAAGUUUCUUUAUUUCCCCUUUUGUUGUUGUUGCAUGGAUGGAUAUUUUUUUAAGGAAAAUAUAUGACAUCUUUGAAUGUGUUAUUAAAAAACAUUUAUUUAAGAAAA